GCAAGCAGUAAGCAAUGACAUAGCAGUGAUUUUUCAAACCCAAAAGCAUAAGUGGCUUUUUACUGACAGGAAAUUGUUGCUUUCAAACGCUUUCAGAAGACUCCGAAGUCAAAAGAAUGUCUCUUUGAUUUCAUCAGACAUUUAAGCCAUUUUUUGUAUUAUUCUUUUUUUAAGCUACCAAGACUUUGUGCCAUACAGAUGCAUAUUGAUUGAAAAGGAUAUUUCAGCAUGCAUGCUUAUAAAUGGCUCUCUCUUGCUCUGACCCUGUCUCAGUUUGGGCCAUCUCUUCCCUGUACGUACAACUGUAACACUGAAGACUUGGAACAAGCAUUUGUGAGACCUCGGAGAAUGAGACAUGGUGGUGUUCGGAGCUUGCUGUUUGUGCAGGAGCAACUCAUGUUAACACAUACUUUGAAAUUGGGCCAGAGGAAGACAGCUGCAGAAAAGGAACAUAAUUCUCUGGCUGAUAAUGGGCCACGGUUCUUGAAUGGACCUUAUAAAGCCACUGUUCCAGAAAUGUCUGCAGAAGGUACUUCAGUGAUUCAGGUGACAGCAACAGAUCCAUCUGGUGCCCGCUUGUUUUACAGCAUUCCUCCAGAACAACCCUAUUUUUCUGUGGAGCCAACAACAGGAGUAGUAAGAACGAUUUACCCGGUAGACAGAGAAACACAAGAUACAUACUUUGUCGUCGUCGAAGCCAGAACUGGCCAAACAGGUGGACAUUCAGCAACAACAACUGUAAUGAUCACUCUCUUGGAUGUCAAUGACAAUCCUCCCCGAUUUCAGCACAGGCGCUAUGAAAUGUACGUAUCUGAGGGAGCUGCUGUGGGCACCAUCCUUGGCAAAAUCAUGGCCGAUGACAGUGAUAUAGGAAAGAAUGCCGCCAUGGAUUUUGUAAUAGAAGGAGAUACCUCUCAAAUCGUGCAGAUCAUUACUAAUGAUGAGACUCAAGAAGGAAUGGUCAUACUGAACCAGCAAGUAGAUUAUGAGAGCCAAAGGAUAUAUGAUAUGAAGGUGAAAGGCUCCAACAGAUACAUAGAUAAGCGUUUCCUGAAAGAAGACACUAAAUUUGAAGACACAGCUCUCCUUAGGAUCAGAGUGGUGGAUGUUGAUGAACCGCCAGUUUUCAUAUCAGAAGAAUUCUUGAUGGAGAUUGCUGAAGAAGAGAUGAACGGUUCAAUUGUGGGAAUUGUGAGUGCCAGAGAUCCAGAUACUGUCAACAGUUCAAUAAGGUAUUCUAUUGUCCCCCACAAGGAUUUAACAGAAUUGUUCAGCAUCAAUGAACACAAUGGAACCAUCAGUACAACUGGACCUCUGGACCGAGAGACAGCAGCUUGGCACAACCUCACUGUUAUAGCCACAGAAACAAUUAACUCACAUCAGACAUCUGAAGCGAAUGUUUAUAUCCAAGUUCUAGAUAUUAAUGAAUAUGCACCUGAAUUUGCUGAAUACUACGAGACAUAUGUUUGUGAGAAUGCAAGAGCGGGACAGCCCAUUCAGACCAUCAGUGCAGUGGAUAAAGAUAAUCCAGUGGAAGGCCAACAUUUUGUAUUCUAUUUGCCAGAAGAGUACACAAGCAACUCCAGUUUUGCUAUAGAAGAUCAUCAAAAUAACACAGCCAGGAUUGUUACCACAAGAGAUGGCUUCCAUCAUCGCGAUCAGUUCCUUUUUGCCUUGCCAAUCCUAAUUGCUGACAGUGGACUCCCACCCCUCACCAGCACGAACACCCUAACCAUCACUGUGUGUGACUGUGAUGAGGAAGUUAAGCUCCUCUCAUGCAGAUAUGGGGCAAUCCUGUUUUCAAUGGGCAUCAGUGUGCAAGCUUUGGUUGCUGUGGUGGCUUGCAUACUGAUAAUCCUGGUGUUUGUGCUGGCAAUUGUGGCCUUGAAGCAUGAGGCAAAGACACCCCUAUUUCAUGAGAAAGGAGAAGCAUUCAGAGAAAACAUUGUUAAAUAUGAUGAUGAAGGAGGUGGAGAGCAGGACACAGAAGCUUUUGAUAUUUUAGCACUGAGGAACCAAACUGUCCUAAGAGAGCACAAGCCUCGAAGACAGAUCACAACACAGAUUCAGAGUCUCUACAGGCAAUCUCUGCAGGUUGGCCCUGAGAGUGAUGUGUUCCGGGAAUUCAUUUCACAAAAGCUAGAAGAAGCCAACUGUGAUCCAAAUGUUCCCCCAUUUGAUUCCCUUCAGACAUACGCUUUUGAAGGAACUGGCUCAAUGGCUGGUUCUCUUAGCUCACUGGGAUCCAGUUGUAAUCUAGAGGAAAAUUUUGAUCACCAUGUCGAACUGGGAUCCUACUUCAAGCAAGCAGAAAGCAUGCAUGGCUCUACAAAAAUUGCUACAUUUUAGGAAGGACUAGUGUUUACAUGAUGGAGCAGAUCUUGUAUCCAUGAGUGGGACAACAGUUUUCUCUCAAAGAGAAUCUAGCUCUAUGUAGUUCUACAAAAGUAGAAAAUCUGAAUACAGUGAAAUAGAGACAAGGACAAGCAUUUAAAAAAAAAUACAGCAUAUGUUUUAUUCUUAAAACUGCAUGGCUUGUCAGUCAGCAGCAGCUUACACGACUCAUGUUGGAAUAAGAGGUCACUCGGCUACCCUACUGGAAGAAACGAUGCUGAGAGCCUGUAUACCUGUUGCUAAGGCAGUAUUUUCUGUAUCUGAGCAUGGGUGGGGAUAUUGCUUUUUAAAAUAUCUUGACUAAAAAUGUAGAUCUCAGAUCACUGGCAUAGGCUAUUAUUAAAAUAAGAAUCUGUGAUAUUAAAAACACAACAAAAAGAUUUCUUGGAAAUAUUAUGCAGAGUUUAAGCUUCUGUAAUAUUUUCAAAGUAUUACAAAUUAAUUAUCAAGCCAUAAACUAAUAUAUGUACUGUUUACAUAAAUACAGCUGUACAGAAUUCUAAAAUAAGUUAUGAGUGAAUGGA